UCAGAAGCAAAGAGGAAGCUUGGUUAGCUGCCAUUGGGGAUCAGCUCUCCGAGCCAGACGGACGAAAGUGGUAGCUUCUGGUUACCAUUUGCCGUCAAGCUGGACUACACGCAUUGAGAGGAGGGGUCAAAAAUGGAAUGCAAAGGGACUAUGAUUCCACAACAAAGGCAAGUUCUCUUUUUCCUUGUUCUGCUGGGUGUGUCUGGGGUGGCCUCAGAGCCGCAGCAGUUUUCAGUAGUGGAGGAGAUGGAGAGAGGCUCCUUUGUGGCCAGUGUGGCAAAAGUCCUGGGCCUGGAGGUGGGGGAGCUGUCAAAUCGGGGGGCCAGAGUCAUUUUCAAAGGGAACAAAGAUUAUUUACAGCUGCACCCUAAAACCGGGGAUCUGAUCUUGAGAGAGAAAUUGGAUCGAGAGGAGCUGUGCGGCCCCGCCGAACCCUGUGUGCUGCCUUUCCAGAUCUUACUGGAAAACCCUUUUCAGGUGGUUCGCACUGAGCUUAGGAUACAAGACAUUAAUGACCAUUCACCAGUAUUCCUAGACACUGAGACAAUCCUAAAAAUCUCUGAGAGCACCUCCCCCGGGACUGUGUUUCUGUUAGAAAAUGCGCAGGAUUUAGACGUAGGAAGCAACAGUCUUCAGAACUACACGAUCAGCUCCAACUCUCAUUUCCACAUUCAAAUUCGAGGGGACACAGAGGGCAGGAGUUACCCAGAGCUUGUCCUGGAUAAAGCCCUGGAUCGGGAGGAGCAGUCUGAGUUUAUAUUAACUCUCACUGCAAUGGAUGGGGGAACCCCACCCAGAUCUGGAACUGCCCAAAUCCUAGUGUUGGUUAUGGACAUCAAUGACAAUGCCCCUGUGUUCUCUCAGUCCCAGUAUGAUGUUCAAAUUCCUGAGAACAGCUCUAUUGAUUCCCUCAUUGCUGUAGUCUCAGCUAAAGAUUUAGAUACAGGAAAUAAUGGAGAGAUUUCCUAUUCGUUAUUCCGUGCCUCUGAAAGUAUUCGUAAAACCUUCCAAUUAAAUGAAAAAUCUGGAGAACUUCGUUUAAAAGAGAAACUGGAUUUUGAGUCAAUUCAGUCUUAUACAAUAAAUAUUCAGGCCACAGAUGGUGGUGGUCUUUCUGAAAAAUGUACUAUAGUUGUUCAAGUGAAGGAUUUAAACGACAAUCCCCCCGAGCUGACCGUGUCCUCAUUUACCAGCCCCAUUCCAGAGAACUUGCCUGAGAUCUCAGUUGCUGUUUUCAGUGUUUCAGAUGCAGACUCUGGGGAAAAUGGAAGAAUAGUUUGCUCCAUCCAGGAUGAUAUUCCCUUUACUCUGAAACCUUCUUUUGAGAACUUCUACACAUUGGUAACAGAGGGAGCACUGGACAGAGAGAGCAGAGCUGAGUACAACAUCACUAUUACAGUCACAGAUUUGGGAUCCCCCAGGCUCAAAUCUGAGCACAAUAUCACUGUGCUCAUCUCUGAUGUCAAUGACAACCCCCCAGUGUUUAUUCAAAGAGUCUAUAAACUGUACCUCCAGGAAAACAACAGCCCUGCCCUCCACAUUGGCAGUGUCAGUGCCAGUGACAGGGACUCAGGAAUCAAUGCCAAAGUCACCUACUCUCUGCUGCCUCCAGAGACUGGAGAACUGCCCCUCUUCUCCUACAUCUCCAUCAACUCAGACAAUGGCCAUCUCUAUGCUCUGAGAUCCCUGGAUUAUGAAGCCAUCCAAAGUUUCCAGUUCACUGUGAGGGCAGCUGAUGGUGGUUCCCCAUCACUGAGCAGCCAGACUCUAGUUCAGGUUUUGGUAAAAGAUGAGAAUGACAACUCUCCCUUUGUGUUGUACCCUCCUCAGAAUGGCACAACUCCCUGCCAUGACCUGGUGCCCAGAGCUGCAGAGCCAGGUUAUCUGGUGACCAAGGUGGUGGCUGUGGAUAGGGACUGGGGACAGAAUUCCUGGCUUUCCUACCAGCUGUUCAAGGCCACAGACCCAGGACUCUUCAUUUUGUGGGCCCACAAUGGGGAAAUUCGAACAGCAAGGCCCAUCAGUGACAGAGACACCAUCAAGCAGAGGCUCCUGGUGCUGGUGAAGGACAAUGGGCAGCCACCUCUAUCCACAAUGGCCACACUGAAUGUGCUCCUGGUGGAUGGAUUCUCUGAACCAUAUGUGAAGAUCCAAGACUCUAACAAGGAGGAAAUGCAGAGUGACUCCCUCACUCUCUAUUUGGUCAUUUCUCUGGUUUCAGUGUCCUUUCUAUUUCUAGCUUCUAUCAUUCUGUUUAUCACCAUAAGAUUGUGGAAAAGAAAGACUGAUGGAGGAAAUGGUCACUUUCCAUCAAGCACCCCCUUCCCGAGUCAUUUGGUGGAUGUCAGUGGCACUGGGACCUUGUCUCAGAGCUGCCAGUAUGAAGUAUGUCUGACCAGUGAUUCAGGGACAAGUGAGUUCAAGUUCUUGAAACCAGUUGUUCCCAACUUCCCUCUUCAAAAAUCUGGGAGUGAUGCAGAGGAGAAUCCAGCAUCUUGUAGUAACUAAAAUUAGGAGAACAGUUUUAAGAUCAGACUUUGGGUGUCUUUUUUUCCAGUCAGUUGCACUCAUUCCUUCUAAUUUCUUCCUUAAGAAAUUUAAUAUAUAACUUGUUUGUAUUUAAUAAAUUUGCAUGUUGGCAAUUGUAUCCUCUCAUUUGCAUUAAUAUUAGAAAAGAAGUAACAGUCUUUAGAUAAUGAAAAACUCUGCUUCCAAUCUAACAACAAAAUUAAACCAUAG